AUGUCCUCAAGCAUUAAAUUGAACCUGAUUGUCUCUUCCUUAGUUAGCUCAGCACCUCCUGGGGAAUUGAAUGAUGUUGGAAAAGACAUAUCUACGAUUUUAUCGUCGGAAACUUCGACCAUUGGUAGAUCAUUAGAAGAAUUUGUUAACGAACACGGAGCAAUUUUCUCUCAUAAAUAUAUCGCUUCAAAAUAUAAUAAGGAUCCGAAUUCUACAAAGUAUAUUGAUUACAUUGGAAAGAAGUUGUUUAAUAUUGAUAUAUCGAAACAAUUGGCUAUUGAUGUUGAAGAUUAUGAACCGCUGGUCACUUACCCUUUAUAUUUCAAUGACUUGGUCAACUUAAUGGAAUCUUACGGUGAGGAUCAUUAUCCAUCAAGCUACGCAUUUACAAUAAUACCGGGCGAUUGUGAAGUGAAGAUAGUUAUUAUUGGACAGAAAUUAAACCAGCAAAAUUAUUAUACUGGAGAAUGGAUGUCAGUCUACACAGUUAAAGAUGGCUCCCUCGAAGGGUCUAUUACGCUCAAUAUUCAUUAUUUUGAAGAAGGGAAUGUACGCAUGAAAUUCAAAGAUGAUGUAAAAGAAUCUUUAAGUGAAUUAAAUGCUAGUUCAAUUCUCAAUUUAAUUAACGCAACAGAGAACAAGCUCACGCUUUCAAUAGUAAAGAAUUUUAACGAACUCAAUCAGAAGUCAUUCAAGAAUCUCAGAAGGCUUUUACCAGUUACCAGAUCCAAGAUUAAUUGGGGGAAAGCUAUUGGUAAUUACAGAUUGGGUUCUGAUGUCGUUAACCAGUAA